AGAAGAGUAGAAACAAACACACAAAUUAAGAAAAGAAGAAGAACAAUGGCAUCCACAGACAAGUCACCGCACCCAACACCAGCAAAGCAUUCAGAUCCAAAUCCAACUCCAACUCCGGGAGAACCGAUGAAAAUGGAGCAGCACGUGGUGGACAAGAGUGCAAUGAUGGUUCAGUGUUUCAAACCCAUAAACCAGAUGAGUCAGCACGUGUGCACAUUCGCCAUUUAUAGCCAUGACAUGUCUCGUCAGAUUGAGACACACCAUUACUGUUCAAGACUCAACAACCAAUUUCUUCAGUGUGCUGUUUAUGAUUCUGAUGAUUCCAAUAAAGGUCGUCUCAUUGGUAUUGAGUACAUUAUUUCUGAUGAUAUCUUUGAAACUCUGCCUCCUGAGGAACAAAAGCUUUGGCAUUCUCAUGCUUAUGAGAUCAAAUCAGGUCUGUGGGUGAAUCCUAGAGUUCCAGAGAUGGUUGGAAUGCCAGAGCUCGAAAAGCUUGCCAAAACUUAUGGAAAAUUCUGGUGUACGUGGCAGGUUGACCGAGGGGACAAGCUUCCACUAGGUGCACCAGCUCUAAUGAUGUCACCACAAGCAGUGAGUCCAGGGUUAGUGAGACCAGAGCUGUUGCAUGAGAGGGAUUCCAAAUACAAUAUUUCCUCAGAGAGCCUUAAAAGCUCAAGGAUUGAGAUUCCAGAACCAGAGAUGAUUAGCCCAAUGGCUGACUAUUGGAAGCAACAUGACAAAGGGUUUGUCAUUGACUUUGAAGAAACUGAGAUGAAAAAAAGGGCUCCUUUUCCUUGAACAUAUAUAGCUAUUUUAUAUGUCAUCAUGAGGGAAUAAAGCAUAAUUGGGAUAAGCUAAUAAAUAUGUUUUAAGUGUUUGGCUAUGAUGCUUUACAUAUGUCACUGGUUUAUAUGAAAAAUGUUUAAUACCAAAUCUGAAGCUGAUCAGUCGUAUGUAUAAUUUAAUCAAAAUUGUUGACAUUGUAUUAAGUUUAUGAAGAAAUGAAUCAUAUGGAUAGAAAUGAAUCAA